GCUCCCCGUAUCGUUAUUCCACGUGUCGCCCCCGAACGAACAAGAUCAUUAUCCAUGGCCGACGACGACGACGACCAGAUCCGAUCUCACUCCGAUUCACCCGAUCCUUCUUCUUCUUCUCCGCCGCCGCCAGGAAAAUUCACGGUAACGGUGGCUUCCCCAGCUCCGCCGCGUCAGAAAGAUCCCGACGCGUCGCCUCUUGCGCUGCUUCCGAUCAAAUCCAGCGGCGGCGGAGGGAGGGAGGAUUGCUGGAGCGAGAGAGCUACGGGCGUUCUGAUCGAUGCGUGGGGGAAGAUUCACUUGGAGCUGAGCAGAGGGAACCUGAAACAGAAGCACUGGGAAGAGGUGGCGGAGACGGUGAGAAGGAAGGCGGAGGAUAACGGUAAGACUCCCAAGACGGAUGUACAGUGCAAGAACAGGAUGGAUACGGUCAAGAAGAAGUAUAAGCAAGAGAAGUUAACACGUGGCCGUAGCAGCAGCUGGGUGUUCUUUGAUAAGCUUGACCGUUUGAUUGGUUCAACGGCCAAGAUCUCAUCUCCACCUCCUCCUAGAGGGUUGCUUAAGAUUCCUAUGGGGAAAAGUUGGAAUCUUUACCAUCGGCAAGGUGAGGCUGAAACGCCGCGUUUUGGGGAUAAGGCUAGGGUUAAAGCUGCUUCGAAGAGUUGGUUUGAUUCAGAUUCGGAGUCUGAAGCAACUAUGUCAGAGGACUCUGGAGAUCGUUUACCGCCUCCUCCUCUGUCGAAGAGGAAGCAAGGAGGAGGAAACACGUGGAGGGAGGUGAGUAGUGCCAUCAUGAGAUUUGGUGAAGCUUACGAGCAAAUAGAGAAUGCGAAGCUGCGACAGGUGGCUGAGAUGGAGAAAGAGAGGUUGAGGUUCUUCAAGGAGGUGGAGAUGCAGAGGAUGCAGUUCUUUGUGAAGAUUCAGUUUGAGUUGUCGCAGCUUAAGCAGCAAGGGAGGAGAAUGGGAAACAAUAGUAAUAACAUGAAUGCGAUUGUCAACAAUAGCAACAACGAUGUUAGGAACUAGUAGAGUUUAGUGAUUUCAGUUCGUAUUUUAGAUUUGAGUUUUGAAAAUUGUUCAAAAGAAGAAACUUUAUUUUUAGGAUUUAUGAGUGUAUUAAUAUUUUACCAUUUUUUUGUUGAAAAGAAAAUUAGAUUUGAGUUUAAUUUGCUUUUCCGACAAGCUGUGACCGAACGGUAUAAUUUGAGGGGGAAUAAAAUUAUAAAACCAUUAAA